AUGUUUUAUUCAACUGAACCAGAACCAUUUCCAAUUGCUGUAAUCACUCUAGAAUUAGAAGAUUAAAUUGAAUAAAUUAAAGUAUAUGAAGGAGAUGACAUUGAGGAAAUGGUUGAAAAUUUUUGUUAUGAUAAAGGUUUAGAAUAAAAGUAUGUUAAAUACUUGAUUGAUCAAAUUAAUCAAUAAUUAAAAAAAGAACCUUCUCCUAGAUUUGGUGAUAGUUUUGGAUCAAAUUUUAAAACUCAAUAACCAUUAUAAACAAAUUAAAGUUAAUAAAGUGAAGUCUGCUACACUACAUAAGCAAGCAGUAUAGAAGAAAAUUCGGCAUAAAAAAGUUAUGAAAAAUGGUAAUAACUAUUGAAUAAAAAGACAGAUCUUAAAUAAUUAUUAAACACUUCUUAGAAUACUGUUUAAUGGAGUGUUCCAAACACUGCAAGAUGUAUAUAUUUCAAAUUUAUUAUUAUUUUAGCUUUCAACGAAAAUAAAAAACUUACAACAAAUGAACGUCUUUAUAGAGAUGGAUUGGAUAUUCAAAAAAACAAAAUCGAAAAGGCUGAAAUUUUGAAAUUUUAAAAACUAUAAUAAGAAUCUAAAUAAGCAACAUUCAAACCUUUGAUAUCACCUAGAUCUAAAUUAAUUACAUAAUAGAAAAAAAAAGUAAGCAAACCAGAAAUCAAUAUAAAUGUAGAUGCAUCUCAUUUUUAGAAAAAAAAUUAGGAAAUAAAUACUAAGAAAUUAUAAAAUAAAACUUAAGUUUAAAUAUAAAAAAGAAAAGAUUCUCCCUUACAAGCAUAAAAAUAAAUCAAUGUUAGUAGAAAUCGUUCUUAAAAUAGAUCAGUUACUCCAAUUUAUGAAAAAUUAUUCAAAUAAGCAUAAGAAGAUAAAAAAAAAAAAGAAGAAUUUGCUAAUUAAGAAUUUUAAAAAGUCUAUACUUUUAGACCUUAAAUUAAUAAUCCAACUACGAAUGUUGAUCCUGAAAAUCAAAAAAAUUUAGUUUAAAAAUUAGUACAAGAAUAAGAUGAAAAAAGACAGAGAAUAGAAAAAAAAAGGUAAAUCUUUUAAUUUUAAUUUAGGCAUUAAAUGUUAACAUAAAAUUAACCAACUUUUCAUCCUAAAAUUACAAAGGAUUCAACAUUUAUUAAAGUUAGUAAAUAAAGGGAUUAUGAAGACUCAUAACUUGCAGUUGAUUUAUAAAAGAUUCAAUCUAGAUUAGGUAGUAAAAAUUCUUUCAGUUCUUCUGAAACCAGAAUAUAGUCACAAUAAAGUGAAUAAACUCUUUUUGAUUAAUAAAUAGUGAAAUUUUUCAAUUAGUUAGAUGGAGAUAGAGAUGGAUAUAUAAGCAAAGAUAAUAUUGAUUUACAUUAAAUGAACAUUGAUACUUUAGAAAUAAUUAAAGAUGUUUUAUAUUACAUUGAUGAUAAUAACAUUAUUGCAGACUAGAAUUAAUUUAAAAAAAUAUGUUACUCUUAUGGAUUACAUAAUAAAUUCAAUAAAUCAUGA